UGGCCCGGGGAUUGGGGCCGAGGGUCGUAGGCCACCAGAGCACUGCAGCCGGCAAAUACGCAGUCCUCGCCUCCAAAUUUGGGUUCCAGGGUGGCAUUCCUGCGUUCCUGGGAAGCCAAGGUCCCUAAGUGGUCCCAGACCGGGGUACCAGCCCCUAUUGGGGGCCUCUGGCAAGGUAGCCUCGGCCAUAAGCCUUUUUCCCGCACCCUUUCUCGAUUUUCGGGGUUCAUCUCCCCAGCCUUUGACUCUGGGAGCCUUCUCGAGCCGUUGUCCCCCGCCCCCGUCUCCCCGCACCAGCUCGCAGUAAACACCAUCUUAUCGUUCCUGCAAAAGUGCUUCCUCGAAAGGGCCCUUCGGGAGAUUUCUCUGGACGCCGCUGAAAUUAACAAACCUAGUGCCCCUGGGCCUUUCCAGUUUUCCUGGCAGGUGGAUUUCGAGGCAACAUGUCUGAUUCAAUGAAAGAAUGCCUGCAGCUUCAGCUGCUAGAGAUGGAAAUGCUGUUUUCUAUGUUUCCUAACCAAGGAGAAGUAAAACUCGAAGAUGUAAAUGUCCUGACGAAUAUAAAGAGAUAUUUGGAAGGAACAAGGGAGGCGCUGCCGCCAAAAGUCGAAUUUGUGAUUACACUCCAGAUUGAGGAGCCCAAGGUGAAAAUUGAUUUGCAAGUAACCAUGCCUCACAGCUACCCCUAUGCAGCAUUGCAGCUGUUUGGACGGUCGCCCGAGCUUGACAGACAACAGCAACUACUUCUCAACAAAGGUCUCACUUCUUACAUAGGGACUUUUGAUCCAGGUGAGCUCUGUGUAUGUGCAGCAAUCCAGUGGCUACAGGACAAUAGUGCCUCCUAUUUCCUGAACAGAAAGCUCGCUUACGAACCAUCUGCACAAGCAAAGCCAGUCAAGAAUACGUUCCUCCGGAUGUGGAUCUACAGUCACCAUAUAUAUCAGCAGGAUCUAAGAAAAAAGAUUUUGGAUGUUGGGAAAAGGCUAGAUGUGACUGGAUUUUGCAUGACAGGAAAGCCAGGUAUAAUCUGUGUGGAGGGCUUCAAGGAGCAUUGUGAGGAAUUCUGGCACACAAUUAGGUAUCCCAACUGGAAACACAUUUCCUGUAAGCAUGCCGAAAGUGUGGAAACUGAAGGAAAUGGAGAGGAUCUGCGCCUUUUUCAUUCUUUUGAAGAAUUACUCCUUGAGGCCCAUGGUGACUAUGGAUUAAGGAAUGACUAUCACAUGAAUCUGGGCCAAUUCUUAGAAUUUCUGAAAAAACACAAAAGUGAGCAUGUUUUCCAGAUAUUAUUUGGUAUUGAAAGUAAAAGUUCAGACUCCUAGGAAGCCAUUAAGAGGCCUGUGCUUAUAAUUUCAUCACUUAAGUCAGUAUUUCUGUUAAUAAGACCAAAAUUAAAGGGCCAGUGGCUCUUUAGUAUCACCUGUGAGAGACCUAGCUCCAGAAUUUUUACCUGGUAAUGAAACACAAAGGCCUUUUACCUUUUAACAGUGCAAUUGUGAUGUUAUCACUAUGUUCUUAUGUUAACUGAAAACUAUUUAAUUGUAAAUUAAUAAAAACACUUUAACCCAU